AUGAUACAUUUUUUCAUCGAAACAAUCCCUCGAAAAGAGGAAAACGAGCACUCCGCCUAUCCAACCAAACAAAUCGAGAUAAAUCGGGCAAAAAUAGACAAAGAGGAAAGAAAUCGCAAUCGCAUUUUUCCUUUAAAGAUGAUCGUCGUAAAUGACUCUCAAAAAUUUCAUGGCGGCUGUCUAAAACAAUUUCAAUGUGUUAUGAGCAAUUUAGGCGCGCCGGAACAAAUAUGCAGACUAUUAAACGGCUCAUACAUCCCAUUCAAACUCAAGCCACCUCUAAUACUUCCAAAUCCAAUUGUGAUUCAGAGUUACAGGACCAAAACUUCCUUAAAUAUGAUUCGCCAAAUUCAAAGUAUGUUAAAGUCCGGAGUACUCGAACAGGCGGAGCCGAGUGCCAGCUUCCUUUCCACAUUCUUUUUAGUGCCAAAACCAGACGGCAGCUACCGUCCAAUAUUGAAUUUGAAACAACUGAACAGGUUCGUUAAAACGAAACCCUUCAGACUGUUCAGUCACUUUCGAGUACCCACCUUUCUGCAGCAUCAGGAUUGGAUGGCAAAAUUAGACCUAAGCCAAGCCUACUUUCACGUUCCGAUUGCUCGGCGUCAUCGAAGAUAUUUGAGGCUGAAUUAUCCCAUCAAUUCAAACCAGCACCAACUGCUUCAGAUGACCUGUUUACCGUUUGGCCUUUCCUCUGCGCCGAGAACGUUUGCCUCAAUAACAAACUGGGUAGCAGAGUUUCUCAGGAAUCGGGGCAUCAGAUGUGUAGUUUAUUUGGACGAUUUUCUAUUGGCAAGCCAGUCGAUGCAACAACUACAAGAAGAUAUAUCUUUAACGAUAAAGAUCAUGCAGUUACUGGGUUGGACAAUAAAUUUCGAAAAGUCCGUGCUGACUCCGACACAGUGCCUCGAGUUUCUCGGCAUAACAUGGGACACAAAACUCAAUGCAAUGUCCUUAUCGGAGAAAAAGUGCUUAACGCUACGCAACGCACUUCAGCAACAGCUCUUAAAACGCAAGUGGUCCCUCAAACAGUAUCAGAUCUUAAUGCGGAGACUCAAUUUUGCCACUUACGUAACCCGGAGAGGUCGGCUUCACUGUCGAACACUGCAAUACUUCAGUCGACAGUUGUCAAAGGACCACCCUUACCGCCAAGUGAGUAUUCCACUACCAGUUCAAUCGGAGAUGGAAUGGUGGCUACAAGCUGUAGGUCAAUCUGUACCGAUACACACGAAUGUAGUACUAACUCACCUUCUAACAACCGAUGCUUCAGACAUCGGCUGGGGCGCGCAACUCGGCGAUAUAAGUAUCGGAGGGACCUGGACGAAACGGCAACUAACCUGGCACGCAAACAGAAAAGAAAUGUUCGCAGUUCAGGCAGCGAUAUCACACGAACAAAAACUGCUACAGAACUCACAAGUGCUUCUUCAGACGGACAAUCGAACAGUGGUGUCUUACAUAAACAAGGAAGGCGGAAGCAAGUCCAAAAAGCUUCUCGAGCAAACUCUACAACUACUUGCACUUCUAGACAAAUUCAAUAUACACCUUCAGGCCCAGUACUUUCCAGAUUCAAUGUCGAAGUGGACGCCUUAUCACGCCAAAGGACUUGCCCCGAGUGACACCUAA